GGGCAGAAAGGGGUUAAGGGGUAUCGAUGGAUGUCAGUUUAUGUCGUGGUGUAUGUUUCAGUCUUCAUCGUCUUCAUGUAUUCAUGAAGUUCAUGAAUAAUCGUGCACAAUGACUUCAGGUUGACGUAACUGGAUUUGGAGCAUCUUGCACAGAUAUUUUGUAUCUUUCAUUGAGUGUGGCAAGAGUGGAAAGUUUCAAGUAUUAUGUAAAAACCAUUAUACCGUGAAUAACAUCAGUUUUGUUAAUUGGGCGUUUACAGACAGAGGUAUGAUAUUGAAAGAGGAAACAUCAGAUGGUUCCACCAAGGGAGAAGAUGCAGAAGAUAAUGAUGCAUAUCGGAUCUUUGCAGCCAUUGCAUACGCUGUAGUCCUCAUUGUGAUUGGGUUGCCACUCUGGUGGAAAACUACAGAUGUGUAUCGUGUUUCAUUGCCUUAUUCAAGAAUUGCUGCUCUUGACAGCUUGGAUGUGACCCUUGGGAUGAACAUCAGUAUUUCAACUAUAGACCCUGCUCGAGGAGGCAGAUUGGUGGCAGAUUUAAAAGACAUAUUUAAAACUUCAAAAUUGUUUCAGUUGACCUUCCUUGCAUUGCCACUAGAAAAGAAGGAUUUGGCUUCUGUGCAUAGUCCUGAAGACUUAGAAAAUGCUUCCUUGCAACCAAGAAAGCCAGGCGAAUUGCUCCUCUUGGAGGUUCCAGGAUUGUCAAGAUUUACUGCAAACCAUGUUCUGGCAGGCCUGAAGAGAACAGUUUAUUUUUCAUCUGAAACCAGUGAGUCAGAAUCGGCUGUAAAGUUAAGUGAAGUUUUGGAAUCAUGGUUGUUACAAGAAAAGUCACUAAGACAAACAGUGGCUGCCAUGACAGCUCCUACAGAGACUGAUCAAGAUCGUUCAGGACGACGCAGAAUGCCAACCGCUGCAGAGUAUGAUAUCAUGAUCACAGUGGUAAAUCCAGAACCUGAGAAAUUGCAUUUAAACUGGGAUCUGCCUCAGGCUGUACAAGACUACUUGGAACCAUUGCUGCAAGAGCUGUCACUGCUUGCAGCCUAUGCUGUCAAGUCACAAUGGCUCUAUUUUGUUACACUGAAUGUUCAGCCGAAGCUAGUAACAGAAACCUCAGGGUCAGGGUAUCAACACUAUGCUCUUGCAGAAGAUAUAUUGCCACAGAUCAUAACACCUUUGGAGAAGAAACUCGCAUCUCAUGUGUCACGGAACCCUUGUCUUAACUUCAUUGUAUAUAUACCUCCAUGUGAAGCAGCCCCUCUCCACAUUUAUAGACGACAGGGCAUGAGGGUGAAAGGUGGAGUAGAUGCAUUUCUGUCCCCCCGUUGGGGAGGCAUAGUAAUCCACAACCCAUCCAGCCUGAUAUGCCAUAACACAUCUGUUCCUGAACCAAAGGAAUAUUCACCGGACACUGCUGCUAUCAUGGGAAUUUUUCUUGCCCAGUUGAGAUUGCUUAUGGGAAUCCCAGAACUGAAAGAAAUAUCAAGAGUAGGUCAGCUUCCAUUAUCAACAGUGAGCUUACGUCAGUGGGAAUUUGACGCUUUGCUCAGAGUGAGAACUUUGGAACAGCUCACUUCUGCCAAGCUGACACUUCAGUCUCUGUCACAACUUCUUGGUGAAAUCAGCAACAUUGUUAUUAAUGAUGCUGUUGGUAGCUCUAUAUACCGAGCUGUGAACUGUGUUGAACAUGCUGCUGAUUUGCUGAAAACUGGACAGUUGGAUCAAGCAUUUAAUGAAUCCAAAGAAGCAUUUUUGUCUGCUGAAGCUGCAUUUACAGAUCCAUCACUUCUGGCAUUGCUGUAUUUCCCUGAUGAUCAAAAGUAUGCUGUAUAUAUACCACUGUUCCUGCCAGUAAUGAUUCCAGUCAUUCUGUCACUGAAAAGUAUUCACGCCUGGUUGUUUGGCAGAAUGAAUUUUAAAACCAAGCUGAAGGAAGACUGAGUCAACCCUUAGCAGUGUUAAGUUCUCCGUGGGAUGAAUGGAUACUGUAGUGGAUACUGUGAUUGAUCUGCCGUUCAGCAAUUUUGUCUCUUAGAAAGGACCAUCAAGAAAUUACGCUGAUAUACAGUUUUAGGUGGAAUGAAGGCAUCUUAGGCCUAGCGCACACAUGCAAUUUUUAGUUGGCCGAUAGUUGUGCACGAUUGUGGAGGCCCAAUGACUGUCGAGGGAUGUGCGCACACAUACAAUUUCGAGUUGUCCACAACUACGCCAGUGAGCAGUCGGUCAGUCGCAGCAUGGAUGUGUAUGAUACAACAGUAGUGUGUGCAUUAUUAAGAUUAAGGAAAUUUGGAAACGGGAGUAUUGGGUUCACCCUAUUUAUAGCGAACGUCUGUUAAAAGGAAAAUUUUACACAUUGUACCAUGAACUGAGACAGUACCCAUCAGAAUUUUUCGAUUAUUGCAGAAUGAGUGUUCAUAGUUUUGAUGAAUUGUUGCUUCUUCUGAAACCUCAUACUUGUACAAGAAUACAAGAUGGAGAUUGGAGUUUAAUAGAUCUAGAAUUAUUAUUGGAAACACAGA